AAAACACUCAAUAAAUAAACAAACAAAGUUUUACAAGUUUCCUGUGAUUAUUGCGAGUGUACAGUUGUAUUUUUCUUAUUUUAUUAUUUAUUAGAGGAGUUCAAAUACAAAUGAAUCACAUUGCAACUUUGGUGCUAAUUCUCGCCUGUAUACAACAUGUGUCAAGUUUCGAUUCUAGAAAUAUAGUGUUUAUGAUAAUAAGCCAACGUGAGGCGUAUCACGCCAGCGUCGCUGCACGGCUCAGACAAGACAUAGAGAAUCAAGUGCAACAGAUAGAAGGGGUUACUCCAAGAGUCCACCUAACCCACGAAGACUUCCCAGUGUCGGGUGCGUGGACCGUGCUCCCUCUGCUCAGGCCGUUAGUCACACGGUACAAAGGUAGCGAUGUCCGGUGGGUGUUGUUUGUGGAACCACACACUGCGUUGCGCUGUGACAAGCUCAUUGCGGCUCUGGAUGCAGCAGAUCAACAGACUGAUACAAUGUGGAUAGGCUACCCACUAAGUGAUGAAGAACCUACAAUUAUCCACCACUUCUACAUCAACGAGGACUUGGAAGAGGAGGGUGGUUUCGUGUACCCAAACCUGGCCAGCGGGUUCGCCAUGAGACUACAACUUAUAGAGAACCUCCUCUAUCAAAUAGAAAGCGGCGAUAGAAAACUCCAGGAGGAGUUCUCGAUAGACCCGUCGUUUGAGCUGGCGAAGCUGGUAUAUGGGUCUGGAGACAAUCCUGGUCCGCUACUGGCCGCAGACCUUAGCUUCUGUAUCGUGUCGGCUGACAACUGCGCCACUUACCCGCGCCAAUUUGAUAUAUGUGGCAGUGGAAUUCCUGAGCAGUCGAUCCUGUUCGCGGUGAAGACCUGGAGCGGCUUCCACGCCACCAGGGCGCGGGUGGUCAAGAAGACGUGGGGGAGAUACGUCACCAACCUCAGGUUCUAUAGCGACAAGGCUGACCCGUCGCUUCCGUCAGUAGACACAGGAGUACCAAACACGAAGACCGGGCAUUGCAGCAAGACUAUCACCAUCCUGAAGUUAGCUGUAGAAGCUGCCAAGACCAGACCUCAUAUCAAGUGGAUCUUCCUAGCUGAUGAUGACACUAUUCUUGGGGUUCAAAGGCUGUGUGAGGUUCUGAGCUGCUACCGUGGCGGGUCCGACCUCACUGUGGUGGGCGAGCGAUAUGGGUACGGCUACUUGAAGAAGGAAACUGCUGCUAAAGGUUUCGACUACAUAACCCUGGGCGGCGGCGCGGCGCUCAGCGUGGGCGCCGCGGCCGCGCUGUCCACGUGCGCGUGCGCACACGCCGCCGCGCCCGACGACAUGCUGCUCGGGGAGUGCGCGCGGCGGAAGAACAUCACGCUCACCCACCUGCCGUUGUUUCAUCAGGGCCGCCCACAAGACUACCCCAGAGAGGUGCUAGCGCGAGAUCGUCCUGUAUCCUUCCACCGCCACUCCUCGCCGGACCCUCUGAAGGUAUACGCCACUUGGUUCCAACACGACGACCUGGCCAUCCGACAGAGACGGAGAGACGAGCUUUAAACAUUGUUGCCAGUAGGCUUAGCACGCUAUGUAACUGCGACGCGAGAUCAAAUAAGGUCCUUGGUACACGCGACUACUGGGACAUCCGCCAUUUUUUCAAGACGUCGCACUCCAAAGGAAAAUAUCGUAUUAUUGUAUAUUGCUUAUAGAAUAGCCAAGGAAAACAAACAGACACCUUUUUUCAUAAGAAAUGAGAAAAUUGACAGUUUCUAACAUCAUUUCUGUGGCACACUUUUCAUAUUCAAGUUGCGAGCAAGUCGAUGCGUGAACGAGAGACUUAACACGUCUGUCAAAUUUGACAGCUCGUGUUUUGACAUUUACUCGCGCUGUUGGCGUGCUAGGGUGACGUCAUGCUACAGAGGCUGAACAUGUAUUUGAAUUGACUAGUUUCAGAGCAAUGAUUUUCCGUCCUGAGAAUGUUCCCAGAGUGAGAACAGUAAAAAGUAGCAAAAUUUAUGUAAAAACAGCUUUAUUACCUAGCCUUUAGGCAGAUACGAUCAGAUUUCAAAAAGAACAAGUUUUAAAAAGCAUGCAGUAAGGACUUGUUAAAUCAGAAAUCAGAAUUAUUUAUUCAAAAUAAUUAUCAUAGAUGAACUUGUUGAAGUUCAAUUUAACAUUUUUGAGUAUACGUCAUUUCGCAAGGAGUUAUGGACGAAGAAAUGACAAGAAACAGCAACAACAACACAUCUUGUAAAUCAAUGUAGGUACACAUUUCGGUAACUAGAGGAACAAAUUUAAUACCGAGAUUUUUUAUCAUUUAAGCAAUCAUUAAUCUUAUAAUAAGCUUUUUUACAUAAAGUAAGCUUCAUACGAGCUUAAAAAUUAUUUUCUGACAAAUUCUAAUUUUUAAAAAAAUGUUUUUACAACAAGGAAAUUCCCACUUAGGGUACAUUCCCAGGAACGGUACAUCACUAAUUAAGAGUUAUUAAUUUGCUCUGAUACCGGCCUAACUUAAAAAGUAUUAUUAUGAUUAUUAUUUGUAGGUAUUUUUAUUGUUAUAAGUUCCUUAUGACAUUCCUAACUUACUAAUGGAACUAAUUUAAUAAUUAUUAGAAUCGAAAAUUAAAAUUAAAAAUAUUUUCUCGUUGAAAGCUCUCUGUGUUAUAAAUAUCAAA